AUGGUUCCGCGCCAACAGCACAACCCGCCUCCGCAAGUACCUCCACACCACUCGCCGCCCUUCCGCCCGGACCUCUUUCGCCAGUCGUCCGCCAACUCCAAACGCUCCUUCCCCUCUUCCUACAGCGCCGACGAUGAGCGUUCAAUAGCCGCCGACACCAUGGGCCCUGACCGCGAGCGCGACAUCCCUGCCCGCCCGCCGCAGUAUGACGGCGAAGACACCUCUCUGACCUCGCGCAGGGAGCUGUGGGGCUUCUACAUUUAUGGAUGGGCUGCCGAGGUGUUUGUUGUUUGCGGUGUUGGAUCUUUCAUACCGAUCACCCUCGAGCAGCUUGCACGAGAACGCGGCGUUCUGCAGUCUGACGGCAAGACUCCAUGCACCACUGCCUUCGAUAAUCCACACCCGCCUAGCGAACUAUCCAACCGAGUUCCAUCAGCAGAUGCCGGACAAUGCGUAGUCUAUAUCCUGGGCGCCGAGGUCAACACGGCCAGCUUUGCGAUGUAUACCUUCUCUAUCAGCGUCCUGAUCCAGGCUCUGUUGAUCAUAUCGAUGUCCGGAGCGGCCGACCAUGGCAUGCAUCGCAAGACAUUCCUUCUUAACUUCGCUUUCAUUGGCGCCAUUGCUACUAUGCUCUUCCUUCCCGUCACACCGCAAGUGUUCGUAUUUGGAGCCCUGCUCGCAAUCAUUGCAAACACUUGCUUUGGCGCCUCAUUUGUCUUGCUCAACUCAUUCCUUCCUCUGAUCGUCAGGAAUCACCCACAGGUCGUGGAGCCUUAUCUUGAAGCCGAAGACUCAUAUGGCGAAGAGGACGAUGGCUACCGUGAACAUGACCGGUCUGGGACUGAGGACGAGGAAGAAUUGGAAUAUGAUGAGAUGCCAAACUCAAGGUCUGCGUUGCUGCGGAAUAACUCAUAUGCAGACGAUACACCACUGUGGCCCAAAUCACCCGCUACUUCGUCACAUGAGUUGGCUCUUUCCACACGCAUCAGCUCUUAUGGAAUCGGUAUUGGUUACUCGGCGGCCUUGCUCGUCCAGGCCAUUGCCAUCGUCAUUGUCAUGCAAGUCGCUACAGAGUCCACCAACUUUUCUCUCCGGCUCGUGCUAUUCUUCGUGGGAGCUUGGUGGUUUGUCUUCACCAUUCCCGCCGCAUUCUGGCUGAAGCCUCGACCUGGACCUCAAUUGCACAUUGGGGGAGGCGAAGGCAGGUUCCAGACAGGCAUGGAAUAUUUCAAAUAUUCCUGGAAGUCUCUUGGCAAGACGGUCAUGCACGCACGAAAAUUGAAGGAUGUCCUCCUCUUCCUCGGCGCAUGGUUUCUCCUCAGCGACGCCAUCGCAACAGUGAGCGGCACAGCAGUACUUUUCGCAAAGACGUCGCUGUCCAUGAAACCCGGUGAUGUUGCUUUCAUCAAUGUGGUGGUCACGGUCACGGGAAUCAUUGGGGCAUUUUCGUGGAGUCGGCUGUCCAUCAUGAUGGGCCUCGGACCGUCUCAGACGAUCUUAUUUUGCAUUUGUCUCUUUGAGCUGAUUCCCAUCUAUGGUCUCCUGGGAUACAUCCCAGCGAUUCGCAAGUUAGGAGUGUUUGGUCUCCAACAACCCUGGGAGAUGUAUCCCUUGGGUGCAGUUUACGGAUUUGUCAUGGGCGGUCUAUCCUCAUACUGCCGCAGUCUUUUUGGCGAGCUCAUCCCCCCGGGAUUCGAGGCUGCUUUUUACGCAUUAUAUGCUAUCACGGACAAAGGGUCGAGUGUUUUCGGGCCAGCGGUGGUCGGCGCGAUAACUGAUGCCACGGGGGAGAUCCGUCCGGCCUUCUGGUUUCUUGCCGUCUUAGUCGGACUACCGUUCCCGUUGAUGGCGCUGGUGGAUGUGGAGAGGGGGAGAGCGGAUGCAGCCGCAUUGGGUAGGGAAUUGAGCGACAGUAGAGGAAAGAGUCCUGAGCGGGGUAGUCCUCGCCGCAGUAGCUUCGCGUCGUUUCACAACGGAGACGAAACAGAAGGGCUGGUGGGAGAGGCGGAUCGGUGA